CGAUACUGUAAUCGCCUCUGUGCUGCUCCACGCUGUUUCGAAUUUUCUAUGUUGGGACGCGACUGUUGGCAGGGAGAUGGGUGUUAGACCAAAUAAGAAGAAGACUGAGUUCAUAGCCCUCUUCAAUCCAAGGCUGACGUCGUGGGUCCGUUAUCUCGGUAACUGGUUGGACAUUGAGGAGGACGGUCGGCGCAGAGUUGGUCGAAUGAUUAGUGCUCUGACAGAGGUCGACAGAGUGUCAGGCGCCGCUGAUACGUCUACCGACUUUACGGUGACCCUCACCUCGCGGGUCCGGUCUAGGGGCUCCUUCGCUGUCGGUGGCCGGCCCUCCACAGCUCUUCAGAUCAAGCAGCGACAGACGGUGAUGAACACUGCGGUGUGCCGACUAUCUGGGAUGCCCCGAUAUGCCUUGCGCAGGUACCAUUGCCCUAUCUCCCGGCUUAUGCGGUUGCGCCGUGUUCCAUCCGAAGGUGACUUCACGAGGUACUCACAGUGUUCUUUCAUUGGGCAUCUUAUCCGUACCGACCCGAGUAGGCUUUCUCGUCGCGCUCUCUUUGGAUUUUGUGUUGCCGGCAGACCGGGCUUUGACUGGAGGCUCUUGCCAGCUAAUGAGAGGAGGCGCCCUGGCCAGGUCGGCCCCCGGAUCUGGCAGGAAGUAAAGGACAGCUUAGCGCUGGUUAUGGGUGACCGUGAUUCGUCACAAGUGGUGGCCAUUGCGCUGAGCAGGCGCCACUGGAACACUGUGCUCUAUGAGUUGCGCAUCAAGUUGACCAUGGACCACUACGCCACAGAUAAGGGGGCUUCUCUGGAGUCUCUCAGGGUUGCGAGGUUGUACUGGCUUGAGCAGUACUCGAAGAGAGGUGACGCCCUUCCCGAUCUUGACCCACAGUGUCGCACUGGUUUCUCCUGGUUCAAUGAGGAUGGUAGUUUCGCUGACACUGCACUAGACAAGGUUUGGCGACAGAGAGUUCUCCCCGAGUACGAGCCACAGAUGCGCUGCCGCUUCUGUCCAUUCUCUCUUCCGGGGUGGGAUGAGAGGUUCGCGCUACAGUUAGUCCAAGCAGAGGGUCGUAUUGCACUUCGCCCGUCUGACGCUGCUGCUGCAGCUGGUCUGUCUGCCCUAGCGAUUGUCGACCAUGAGGCUAGCUGCCCACACCGCAGUGGUGCGCUGAUGUGCGACGAGUCUAGAUUCAUCUGCCCGGCAUCGUUUAGAUCUGGUGACAUCUGUGAAGUAGUAAGUAGUUUGCAUGUGCGGUCCACUCCCGAAGACAAAGAUCUGCACUCUGUCCUACGAUUGUUCAGCCCGGACGAGAUUCGUUCAGUUUUUUCUCCAGCGUUGUUUGCGGGUGGGCUCGACGCAGAGCAUUGGUCUCGGCUUGUCGGCGCGGCUCCUCUUGAGUGGGAGCGAGAGGUUGUCGCCUUUUCUGACUUUCGGUUCCCCUGUGUUGGCCCUCAGGGCUCCGCCGCUGGUAGUAGUAGCUCUAGUGGGGCACUUGUGCCGGGCACCCAGUCCCUACUGCUUGGUGGUCGAGUUGAGUGCUUCUGUGGUGAAUGCAGGAGGUGGACUUCGAGAGCACAGCGCAGGGACAAGUCUGGCCGCGGCAGGCUGGGCUCUCUUUUGUCGCCGACGUCGUCGUCCUCGAUUUUGUUUACCUCCUCUUCUUCGUCGUCAGUUGGAUCAGAGUCCUCUGCCGACAGAGGCGCAGCUGCUUGCGCUCGCGUUGGUGAUGACGAGCGUAGUGGGAUCAGAGCAAUUGGAGGUAGUUUAGAUGACCUUUUGGCGGAGCCCGGUGUCUCCCGGAGGUCUUCUGUGCUGAUUAGCCCAGAGUUUAGGUUCGGAGAUGGUCGUGGCAGACGUUUUGAGAGCUUCCUAGCGGCUUUUCGCCACAUGAGGAGACUGAAGUAUGACCGGUCUGCUGCCACCUUUAUGUCGGCUAUCACUGUGCCGUCUGCCAAGAAGCCUGGCGAGAAGGUGUCGAAAGUUAAACCGCGGCCGAGGCUAGCGAUUGACGGCGGCAUUAGGAAACCAAAGGCCCUCCCGCCUAGCGUAGUAUCUGUGACUGGUGUUGCUCCCAGCUCUGCCGCAUCGUUAGGAAGGCUUCCCACUGGAAUUCAGUGGCACACUACGUGGAGCGGGGCCUCCAAGAGCGUGUUCGGUGGAUGCUUCAGGGUUUACACCAAGGUCAAGCAUGAUGGAGUCUCGCGGAUUAUCUUUGAGAAUGUCACUGCUGAAAAAAACGGGAACGAUCUGCGGCUAGCUCUGCUCGAGGCUAAGGCUAUUCUCCAGAGGAUGAAGGACGAGCCGGGCCCCUUCUUGGCCUCUCGAGCAGCAUGGAGAGAGAAGCGGCGAAUCAAUGCAGCAACCAAGCACGAUGGCGCGCCGAGAGCUUCUGGAGAUCUGUCCACUAAACCGACUAAGAGGAGGAAAUAAGGAGUGCUUUAGAGAGCGGCGCGUCCCUUGAAUAGUCGCCAGUAGAAGUGGGUAUGACUUUGACCGAAGCGCAAGUAGGUAGAUAAAACAAGCAGUCUAAACUGUUAACGAGGUAAAAGUUUCAGAAAGUGGCUAAAUGAGUAGUAAACAGAGUCAAGGGAGUAAGUUAGCUUUGAAGUGAGUAAGUCAGCGCUGAACCGUUCAAGAACAGUAAGCAGUGUCUUUAUUACGGAACUUUGCCAAUAAAGAAUAAAAGAGCUGCCGCUUUUUUAUUUUUCUACUUUUCUAGUCGUUAAUUGGUAAUUGUCUCUAUUGAGUUGGUCGCUCUGCGGCAGAUUCAGUCUUUCUCGUUUACUCAGUUUCUCAGGUACUCAGUUGUUCCAAGUAGAAGCUGUCCUUCCUUUAUUUAAAUUUUUGACUUUGUGUUUACUGAUUCGUCUUGCAAUACAAGUGGUGAUAAGUAGUAGUCUUGCUUCUAGGUAGUGCCUACAGUCCCUUCAAUCUAUAGUUUUUAGUGUGUGACAUUGAGCUGUGUACUUUUCUUUCAGUUAUUUGUGCUUAUCCUUCCUGAGCUUCCGCCCUGCUGGGUGUCUGUUUUAAAUAUUAGCUUUCUUUCUUCUUGCCGUUACCUAGUGGCCUCAGCUAUCUAAGUAAUUGUGGUUCACUUACUGCUGUGACUAACUUGAGUAGGUAGUUGACUGGUUGGCUUGUAUCCUAAGGUGAAGUUAGCCUGGUAGUCCGGUAGCAGUUAGUGGUAGGUGGUAGGUGGUUGCUAAGAAAGUUCUUCAAGUUGUUUCUUCUGUGUGGUGAGUCCUUCAUGCUGACUCCCUCCACUCUGUUGAUUGCGAAACGUACUGUGCCCCUUUUGGUGGCCAGAAAACUUUUUUUCUGAAAUCUCCAAAUCCAAAUCC